AUGGAUUUAAAUCCCGUUGAUACUCAAAAGCAAUUAAUUUUGAGAAAUGAAUUUGCAUAGAUAGAUAUUGCCCAUAAUAAGCCUCUGUCUCGAACAGAUAUAGAAUUUGCGAUGGAUAAAAAAUUAAAUGACUAAACAUUUGAUAGAUACAUCUUAGAAUAGCUCUUUGAUCAAAUUACUUAUAAAAAAGACCAUCCAAUUACAAUAGAUGAAUUUAUUAGAGUAUAUCUUAAUGCAGAGAGAGUUUUAAUAUAAAAGAUAGAAUAAUCAAAGGAGUACCUUCAAAAUUAUUAGAGAUAAGCAAGAGAAACUAAGAAUAAAAUUUAAAUUAUCAAGACAAAGGAAAAAAUUAAUGAUCAUGGUAUUUCAGAAGAUUCAGUAUUUAACUUUAAUGUCAUUAGUGCUAUAAUACAAAGCUAAGAAUUAAAUUCAGAUUGUUAGACAUUUGUUUUGAUUAAUUGCGGCUAAAAUGAAAGGAAAACUGAUCCAGCUACUUCACUCUUCCCUCAAUUCAAUUACUCAAAUAGCUUCUAAAUUGAGACCGGAGAUGAAAAUAUAGUGUUUAGUCUUAUAGACAAUAUAAGCAAUAAUGUGAUAGGGUUUGCAUAAUUAAAUAUAUCAGACUUAAAGAAUUAGUAGAUGUUUGAUAUUGAGCUGCAACUUUAAAAGGAAAAUGGUAUUAAUAUAGGAUUCUUAAAAGUAAAAAUGCAAUGGAUUCACUCAAAAGUUAAAUACUUAGAAGGAGUUGUAAACUAAUGGGAAGAGUAUGCAGCUGCUUAAAGCCAAGAUUUAGAAGAUUACUAAAGAGAUUUAUUGACAUUAUAUGAACCUUUUUAACAAUUGCAAGCUUAUAAUAGAAAUUAAUUAAAUUAAAAUACAUACUAAGGUAUUCCAUCUAAUACAAAUCCAUUUGAUGAAGGUUAAAUGUAAGUCAAUUAAUAUUAAGGUGCACAACGCAAUACUUCAUAUAAAGCUAGUUUACCAGAAAUGAAUCAACUAAAUCCUGAUAGAAAUUAUGCUUCAAAUGGAUUACUUAAUCCUGCAAGCUAAGACUAUAAGAAGAUAGCAUAUAACGCAACAAUAGGUUAUUUAAUUAUGGUUUUAUUGAUUUCUUUUGCAAGACCAAUGUUUUUUGAUCUUCUUAUUAUAUUUUACUACUGCGAUUACCAGAUAAAAGAAGAGUUUACAGGAUAGGUGUAUAAAUAUUUUACUAUUGCUGUUUUUAUUUCCUUUGUGGUAUUUGAUUUAGGAUGGAUAAUUAAUUUCACUAAGGAUUGGUUUAGUGGAGAUUUCCCAGAUAAUGGUAUGAAAUACUUUGUCGAUUUACUAACGAUACUUCUAUUUUUGUACAAACUUUUAUUGAUGGUUGUAUAUAUCCUUAAUUGGAACUACUAUGAGUAAGUAUAGUCUUAAAUAAAUAAUAAAGCUAGCUUGAAUAUGCUAACUUAAUAGCAGCUUCAGUAAUAAUAAUAGUUUUAAGGAGGUAAUAAUUUUAUGAAUCAAAGCAACAAUCUUUAAUAUCCUCAAAAUAACUAUUUAAAUAACCAAAUAUUGGGUAAUCUAAAUAACCCUGAAUUUAAUUAAUAUGCACCUGGUGUUUAAUCUUUUCCAGAUACAAUGAAAGUAACAAGCCACUACUGA